UUUUAUUUCCUCCUUGUAUUUGGAUUCUCUUAAGCGAUUACGGUUACUACCAAUUUGUCUCUCUCAAUCUCAUGUACUGUACACACAACAAGCUCUGCCUCUCAGAGACUCACAACACCAUCCCUUCUUUCUUUCUCUCAAUUCUUCACAGUUUCUCGGACUCUGCUAAAUGACCAAACACCUCUUUCUAAUGAAUCUCAAAUAUGCCAAGUAAAGGCCAUACACCAACAUUGUUUGGCCUCGGCAACAGAUACACGCCUUCUUUGCUAGCUACAUAACGUAGCGUGUCGUUGGAUGUUUUUUGGUUGGUCGAAUGAGACUUGGGAUGGUUACAAUUCACCUUUUGAGGUUCUGACGUGUCUGAAUUUGUAAUGCAUAUGAUGAUGGCGGCGGCUUAAGAAGUAGAUCCUUUCCUCGACGAUGGGGAAGAAAGGAGGGAGCUGGUUCUCGUCGGUGAAGAAAGUUUUCAAGUCCUCUUCUUCUAAGGACUCGCCGCUGCCGGAGAAGAAGAAAGAGAACAACAAGGAAGAACAGUGGCAGCAUGUGGCGCCAGAGGAGGUUUCUGUGGAGCAUUUUCCUGCAGAGAGUUCUCCAGAUCUUACCAAUGAAGGGAGUGUCACGUCGUCAACACCAGUGACUGAAGAUACAAACCCUGCCGUUGCCUUUGCAGCAGCAACUGCCGCCGCCGCCGAAGCGGCCGUGGCGGCAGCUCAAGCAGCCGCUAGAGUUGUGAGGUUGGCGGGUUAUGGACGCCAGUCCAAAGAAGAAAGAGCUGCAAUACUCAUUCAAUCAUACUACAGAGGCUACCUUGCUCGACGUGCAUUGCGUGCUUUGAAGGGAUUGGUGAGGCUGCAAGCGCUGGUGAGGGGACAUAAUGUGCGAAAGCAAGCGCAAAUGACAAUGAGAUGCAUGCAUGCAUUGGUCCGAGUGCAGACAAGAGUAAGAGCUCGCAGACUGGAGUUGACUGAGGAGAAGCUUCAGAGAAGAGUUUAUGAGGAGAAGGUCCAAAGAGAAGUAGAUGAACCUAAGCAGUUUUUGAGCCCCAUCAAAAUGUUAGAUAUGGAUGGUUGGGACAGUAGGCGCCAAACUAGCCAGCAAAUUAAGGAUAAUGAUUUGAGGAAACAUGAAGCUGUAAUGAAAAGGGAGAGAGCUCUUGCUUACGCUUUCAACUGCCAGCAGCUGAAGCAACACAUGCACAUAGACCCAAAUGGUGAUGAUAUAGGAAGCUAUAGCACUGAGCGUGAAAGAGCCCAAUUGGAUUGGAACUGGUUGGAACGUUGGAUGUCAUCACAAUCACCCAACUUAAGACCACGUGAGACCCUUUAUAGGACUCUUGCUACUGCUACUUCCACCACUGAUGACAUGUCUGAAGAAAAGACAGUUGAAAUGGACAUGGGUGCAACUCUGGACUCAACUCAUGCUAAUAUGGGCUUCAUUAAUGGAGAAUCUUUUGACACAAGCCCAAUUUCUAAUAGGUACCACCAGCGCCACCACAGUGCUGGUGUCCCUAGCUACAUGGCCCCAACCCAGUCUGCAAAGGCCAAGGUUCGAAGUCAAGGCCCGUUUAAGCAACGUGGUUCACCUGGGCCUCACUGGAACUCAUCCACAAGGAGAGGUUCUUCUGUUGGUUUGGGCUGUGACUCAUCUAGCUCUGGUGGGCCCACUGCAGCCCAUGUCUUCCCAAGAAGCCCAAACCCAAAAAUUAACGAGAUUCGCCUCCAAUCUAGACGGAUUUCAGGUGGCAGCCCAGAUAAUGUUCACAUUGAGGAUUGGGCCCUUCCCCUUGGAGCCACCAACGGUUGGGCUUGACUUGAUUAAUUAUUUUUUUCUUCUAAAUAUCAUAAUCAUAAUAAUAGCAUGUUUUGUAUGGUGUGAACUUUGGUCCUUGAUAUGCAAUGUGCUUACUAUUCAAGGAAAGUUUAAUAUGUCGUGGUGUCGUGUCAUGAACAACAAUAUUUGAGAUUGUAUACCCCCUCCCCCUUAAACACACCCAAAAAGUGAGAUUGUAAUGUCUAGUAACCCCAUUUUCUGUUCUGUUUCGCAUGUAAGAAAAUGUUUGAAUUUUGUUUUUUUUCAUAAAGAAAAUAUUAUUUGUUUGAGUGCUUUCUUUUCA